AUGAAUGUAUCGAUCAAUCAAUCAAUCAAAUUAAUAAAUCAAUAUAGAUAGAGUUUGAAAGUAAGUCUUAAAAAGAAAGCAAAUCAAAAAAUAAACAAAGAAAGAAAGAAAAAAUUAAAGUAAAGGAAGAAAAGUAAAGAAAAAAAUAUAUAUAUAUAAUUAAAUAUAAAGAUAAUAAGAACAACAAGCUAUUUACAAGCAAAGAAUAGUGUGAAGUUAAGGUCAAUAAAAAAUUUAAUAAAAUCAUCAAUAUUAACACUUACAUACAAAAUCAUAAAUAAAAUAAGACCUUAAUAAAGAUAAAAGUUGUUUUAAAAAGCGUACUAAAGAAUAUCAAAUCUAGGAAGUAGAAAGAGAUUUAAGCGCUAAGCCAUAAACUAAAUUAAACUCUAUUAUUAGCAAAAAAUCACUGCAUCUAAAUUUUAAUAUUUUAGCAUUAAAUCUAAUAAUUAUCAAAAAUAGAUUGAUUUAUUGAUUGAUAGAUAGAUAGAUAAUAGGUUGAUUUUUAUAUUGGUUUGA